AUGCAAUCCGCUCGCCGCUUCACGUACACCAUCGUCGGCGACGCAGGUGUCGGGAAGACGUGCCUGGAGCGGCAGUUCACGUCCAGGACGUUCCAGGAGGUGCACGAUCUCACCAUCGGCGUUGAGUUCAGCACGCGCACCAUCAACGUCGACGACAAGCGCAUAAAGCUUGACAUCUGUGACACGGCUGGCCACGAAGCGUUCGUACCUAUUACUAAGCAAUUCUACUGCGGAGCUGCUUGUAUCAUUUUGGUUUAUGACAUCACAAGGAGGGAGACUUUUGAUCAUAUAGCUAUAUUGCUUGAAAGAGCAAGAGAGCUAUCGAGAGCCGGCGUAACAUUGGCGCUGAUCGGAAACAAAUGCGAUCUGUCUCACAUGCGUGCGGUCAGCUACGAGGAAGGGCGGGAGUUCGCCAAGAGGCACGAUCUCGUGUUUAUGGAGACCUCUGCAAAAACCACACAAAAUGUUGAUGAGGCAUUCAUUCUGGCCGCGGAAAGAAUAUACAAGAAAGUCCAAGUUGGUGUCCUUGACUUACCUGAAAAGGUCUGUUUAAGUGCUUGCCUUGUCCAAUAUGCAGGCAAGGCAAAAGAUUGGCUAUCAACUGGUUGGCAACCAACUUACUUUGCCAGUCUCUCGAAACUUCGCAAUCUUUGGCAAGCCUUGGAGUUGUCAAAUCUAGGCAUGCCAAUAUGCUGGAUAGCCAAUUUUUGGCACAAAAUGGGUCGAUGGAAGUAG